ACUUCGGGCAUGUCCACUGUCCCGUCUCCCACUACUUAUAUUACAUAGCAACUAUCCCAUCCGAACGGGCGGCAAAACUGCGUACAGGCUAAUCGUACUUCAAAUGAACCCAGUGUAUGGACGUAUGCGACUUAUGUCUGUGCCAUUGGAAGUUCCAGUAGCUUAUCGAUAAGAUUUAUGUCUGGCACGCCCGAAUUUAGCCCAGAAACCGACGGUUUAUUUCAAGCUUCGCAGCUUUCGGAAAUACCAGAAUGGACAUCCAACGAAAAGACAAUGAACGAACUGAAAACACACCGAACCAGCAUCGACCCCAUCCAAUUGCCCGUCUGUCAGCUGGACGUUGAGUGGGAUUUGAUCAGGAUCCGAAAAUCGGUUGCAUCAACCCAUUCCUCAUCCUGUGGUGAAGUUGUUAAUAAAAUUCGUGUCUGUUGUUUAGGUUGGUUUAUGUUGAUGCAACGGGAUGCAUUUGUUUGUUUCUUUGUGGUUCAUGUGGCCGCCACCUCCCCUAAUUUACCCCUCCACUGCUUUUGUUAUGCCUGGUGUUACUCCCACUGCGACUACUGGCGUCGAUAUCUCUUUUAAUACAAGUUCCAAACUCUUGCUGCUCCUGAGUUGUCCGUCGUUCCGUCUGAGGUGUGUUUCGCGCCCCCUUGUUGCAGUUUACUGAGUACCGAAUAUAGGAUAGCUCUGAACUGACCAAAUGGAUCUGUUCGCUUGAAAUGCAUUAGUAGUGCCGUUAAAUUACUAGGCAUAUCGUAAUAUUCUGCAUUGUACCAUUAGGCGUACCUACUAUUAUAUUAAAGCGAUUUUAAAAGCGAUUAGCUGACAGAUUUAGGGAUCGUCUUCUGUUGCUCCUUCUCAACAGCGGUCGUUUUGUGUUUGUGUGCGUGUGUGUCGUCUGGGUGUUCGUUUUUGUGCGCCCUAUGUGUGUAUCGUUUCGUGCGCUCCUGCCCGUGCUACGAUGACUUCUCUGUGCUUGUUUCACAUUGAUCUGUUAAUGUGUAAAAGUAAAUAUUUAUUGCUAUAAUGUGCCGGGAAGUACGCUAAGGAAGCAAAUUCGUUCUGUUCGAGAAUUUCAUUCUGUAUAUCCUUGUGAUUCUACACUACUGCCCUCAUAACAAAUGAAUCGAUUUCCUCCGACCAUUGUAUGUUGUGUAUAGACGUUAAAGGUGUGUGCUAGUACGCUUACGCGUAGAAUCGCUUCGUCCGUUCAUAUUUCGUUUUGUGGCGCAUCCUUGUGACCGUUGUAGCCCGGACCGGCUGUGACACUAGUGGAAGUUUUGUCUGCCAUGGUUCAACGUUGUCGUCGUCGUUAUCGUCGCUACUGCUGCCGCUGCAGUUUUAGCGAGAGAGUUAGGCUGAACAGACUAAAAAACAAGUUAAUAAGCGAGCUAACAAGCAUGCAGGAACGAAGGAACAAACAGACAAGCAAAAAACUCAUUCGGAGACCGGCAAAGGUGUCAAUAAGCGUGUGACAAAAAAAUAUGUCGUCAGGGGGGGACACAAAACCCCCGGAUCCGGGGACGGGAGGAACCCGUGUUGCACCUUUGGCAACGCCAGUCGACCUUGCACGUGUCGUUGUAAAGCCAGCACUUCCUGAACUUCCAUCGGUAUCUCUGGCGCAAGCAACGCAUACUAGUCACUUAACGGGGCUGCCAGCUCGAGUGCAACAAACAGCAGCAGCUGCACCACCAGCUGCUCUUACAGGCACAGUCAUUUCAGCUGCUCCCGCUUCGCAGAAUACCGGAAGUGCAAUAUUUACGCCAUCGUCGCAUCUGAUUGUCCCAGCAGCAAGCAAGACUGCCUCCCUACGACCACCAAUUCGACCAUUACAUCCAACUCCCGUAGUAGGGCCCGGUGUACAAAAAAUGAUCACUCCAACGGGGGUAAGCCCCGUUAGCGUUAAGGCGACUCCAACUGUAGUUCAGCACGUGUCUCGUGCGCCUGUCGUCCCUAUGCAACAACAGCAAAGUGGUUCCGCUAAACGACCUGCAGCAGCAAAUGCCGCCACUGGAGCUACUGUUGCUCCAAACGCCUCGUUGAUUCGUGCUCCGCAGUUUAGCUCACAUGUGCCACGUGGCCCUGCAACAGUGGCGAGUAUUACGGCAGGACCAAAAACAGCCGUAGCAACACCCAUCAUACGACAGACCGGAACGGGAGGGCAGAACGUUGUAUUAGCUCCUACCAUACCAGUUGGAGCUACAAGAACAACACAAGGAGCCACGUUAACUGCAACAAGAUCAUUUGCACCAGUUACGAUGGUCGAGGUCGCCAAGCCAGGAGUUAGUGUAGGUGUUAGCCAGGGUGGUCAGCAACUUCAUUUGGGUCUCCAGCCUAGCAUCACGAUUGAAUCGAGCGUGGCACGUGCUUCUGGCACCAGCCACAAGACUCAGACAGUUUACGCCCCUGCCAUAUUCCAACCCGUUGUUUCCGGUGCAGGUGGCGGAGAUAAGAUUGCGCCGACAACGGCUACAUUCUUUAAGACUACGAGUCCAGCAGUUCACCAAGGAGCUCAGUUUACUAAAGGCGGAACGACAUUUACGCCAAUCACAACAUCUCAACCACAGGCAGUGGUUCAGGCGGCCCAGGCUGGCGUUGCGCCUGUCGUAAGUAUCGCAGGCGGUGUAGUACCUGGAGUAGCAGCUGGAACGCAGGCUGUGACAAUUACGAGUAAAGUAAGUGUAGUGACCUCUGCAGCGGCUGGCCAACAGCAUUUCGGCAAGGUAACUCCACAACCGGUAUUCGUUGCCAACAAUAAAGCAGGAGGAGUCAGUAACGUUGUAAUUACUACAUCUCAAAGGCCGGUACGUAACGUUACAACAACUCAAGUAACAACAGCAGUAACGAACGCCAGCAACCUUUCAAUACCAAUGGCCAAGGUAUACCAGCAGCAACCACUGACCGUGUCAACUCAAAGUGCGGAUCUUGAAGGGCAGCCGCAACCUAUUGGCUUUAUGACAGCAACGGGCCCCCGCCUGCAGCUCCCAGUGAUAAGCGUGGGCGGUCAAGGGGUCGGAGCGGUGCAAGGCGCUGCUCCACCUGGUGCGGUUGUUCUGGCAGGGCCUGAAAGUCGAGCAGGUGCUACUGCACAGUACGCAAUGCCACCAGGAGCGUACCUCACUUACGAAACGUAUCCAGCGUACUUUGGUGGACAAAGUGGCACAUCCACGCCUGUGCACCUUACAACAGCAACAAUACCUGGUGUUCGAGCGGUGUCUCCGCGGGCACCCUUUAGCGCUCCUCGACCACUCAUGGUUACGGUAGACACAAAAGUGCAUCCGGCCCCCAACGCUCAGACGGGCGUCAUAUCUGUUACAGCCAACAAAACUGGUAGCGUCCACCCCUCAACCCCAACACCAACGCCAUCUUCCACAAUGACGGUAGGGGUUCCUUCUACUACCAUAGAGACAAGUGGAGGAGUAACGGUGACGCCAGUAGAAGUUCCUACCUCUUCCACAACUCGUAUUGUAACGAGUGAACCCGUAGUCGGCGGAAGUGGGGCCAAGCUCACGACUGCUGCCGAGCAUACUAACAAGCUUAUGGAAAAAGUUAUCACGCAGAGUUUAAAUACACCCGUAAAUCCUCCAACGGCUCCACUACCACUUUCGCUGUCCAUCGCGCCAGCAUCGGUUAGCGCCCUUUCUGGUGCUGCCAUCACGUCGGUGUCAGUUACGCCAGCAGCAGCAGCAGCAGCAGUUGUUGCGGCUCCUGGAAGCACGGGGAGUCCAUCCAUUAGCAGCCCUAGUAGACCGUCGAUUUUGAGAAAACGGCCUGCAACGUUACCGGACCAAUGUUUGCCUUCGCCUUCGAUAAGUAGUUCGCGAAAGGAAACUAGCAAAGAUGACAGUGCGUCUUCAACGGUAGUGUCUGUUAAGCAGGAGUCAAUGGAAGAUAAUAACAACACGAGUGUUAAUAUAAUACAAUCGACUGGAGGCGGAGAGAGCCAGCACACCACUGUUCAGCACCAUCAACAUGCACAAAUAACUGGUCUUGGAGGACAAAAUGGGCAGGUAGCUAGCCCCCGCAAGAAGCCAAGAAAACAACUGCUGCAGAUGGCCGAGGGCGAGACCGCAAAUGUAAUAUGUACCGGCGCGAUCACAACGAAACGGAAAGAAAACGGCCGUGGAGAGACUCUGGUGGAACGCGAACCCGCGGGCAGCCCUGGAGCGGGGAAACAUCCGCCACAGCAGCAGCGGCCGCAGUUAUUUGGUGCACAGUUCCAGCCAAAUUGGAAAGCGCGACUCAAUCAUUUUGUGCAUCAUUCAGACGUCCGGAGUAGAGAUGAUAAGCGGCCAACAGUAAAUGAGCUUGCCAACCAAAAGUGCGCCGCUCAAAGAGCACACGGGUGGAAGCUUUAUCACAUUAAGGGUCAGGUGGAAGAAGUAGAGACAAUAGAGUCAGAUGUGUUCCAGAGAUUCAGUAAGAUUCUCGACGAGUUCGAGAAUUCAACUAACCAUAGACCCUCCGAAGGUAGCGGGACCUCUCAUCUUUCACCAGAAGAUGAAAAAAUGUUUAAUAAAAUUACUGACCUCAUAAAGGGCAACCUUCAACGGAGCAAAAUAAUGCAAGAUCAGGUGGGCGAGGUAAAAAAGCAGCUUGUGAAAGUUCUCGAUCACAAGCCACGCGUGCUCGAUGUGAUUGGCAAACACGUCAGUAAGCGCCCUCUUAAGAAACGAGAGAAGCUAUGAAAAUGUAUUGCCAGACUCGCGACUUUUGAGUUUAAGGUGGCAGUCUGUUUCAUUGAAUUUGUUGUUGCGGAAUUAACUCCAUUUGACGGCUUCACCGCUGAAUAUUACAAUAUUCAACAAAAAGUCAUUUAAAGACAAUAGUAAGGCGGUUUCGCAUGUUGCUUUGUCUAUGUCAUUGCCGUUACGACAUUAUCCCCAGAUAUAUUUCGUUUUUACUGCGCUGCAUUUUUGUUCCACCAGAUUAAACUGUACAAAUCGAUACUCUUUUACGCGCCGAGGAGUGCGCAGACUUUACGACCGUAUGAACUCUCCCACAAUAAUAUUAAUGUCGGUAAAUUCAAAACAAGCCAUAGAAGCUAGUUGUAUAUAAACCCACUACUAUUUUUCAUAGGGUCAUUACCUAAUUUUAAUACAGAUAUUGUUUCUAAAAUCUUUAACCACUUAAAAGUUUGUACAGAAAAAAAAACGUAUCUGGUAUUCAAUUGCCAUAUAUACUAACGAGAGCAUUUUGUCAAUUUUUUGUUAACUGCAAGCCCCAAGAAUUCCUUGUGUUCAUCGUCAACGUUAUCCAGUCUCGUUUCUAAUGAAAGUGACUUCCGCCUUUCAUGUAGUUUUCAUUUUUUUUUAGAUGUACAUCGUACGCAUCUUAACGAUAAAAGCUUAUAAUUAUAUCGCAUUUGACCACAGAUCAAAGAUUAAGUCAGUAGCCAAAUCGAUUAUGUAUGUGACAGCUAUCUAUUUGUACGUAUUGGGGGAUUUGAACUGGUUCUUGUCAACUCAGAAGCGAUAUCCUUAUGAAGUCUAUACUCAACGUUUCUCAUCAAAACGUUUAUUGCCAGUAUAGAUUAUGUGACGCACCUGGCAUUGAAGUUUCGAUAAUUUUUAUCAAUCCACCCAACUGUCACUGAAAAAGGUAGAAGCAAUGUAUGACCUCGCUGCUGUGGGCCCAGUUUUUUUUCUGUUCAUAAGCUGACAGUGCAGGGUGAGAAACAAUUGUGAUUCUGAGCGACUGAGGUCGCCGAGCUUCAUCUGUGGCCCUCUUAGUCACCGACUACAAUACUUGUGUAUUUUUGUAUCAAAACAGCAAGACCAAGACCAAGAGGUUCACCGACCAAUAAGACCUAACUGUCGUUUGUAUACGGUUUUUGCAUACCUCUAAGUAUAUCUGGCUGACUUUUGUGGAUGCCUUCAUACGACGGUAACCUAAAAAGUAGCAGGAAGUAACAAAAGACGAGAUGUCAACAGCAAGCAUGUACAGGACAAAAAGUCGACCUGCGAUACUGGCUCAGAGCUGGAGUUAACGGCCGGCCAUGUCAAGAGCUCCGGUGUUGUGAGGCGAGUGACUAAAGUGCGAAUUGGCAAAUACUAUUAGUAAUUGUUGUUUAAGCUAAAAUGCAGGCUUUAGAGUAGCGGGCAAGUCACUGCUCGUUUGUCGGAAAAUGUUAAAGAGUUUGUGUAUCGAAUUUUGCUCUCUGACCAAGGAUGUCGAAUAUAGCUAACCAAAAAUUAGUCAAUCUGUUCGAAUCCAAUGCAAAAGUAGGAGGCAUUUAGAGAAGCUAUGGAGUACCACAUUAAUGCCAUGCCGCAUUCCAUUUUUAAAUGCCCCCAGCCUUUUCGCAGACAUGAAAGAAGUAUACAAAAGUAUCGUCAUGCGCUUAAAAUCCCGGGUCGUACUAGGGUAUAUUUAAGCUCAACCGUAAUAGAGCCCAGCUCGCCUCGAACAUAGCAGAGUGAUAUGUAUAUAUCAGAUUAAAUAACCUUUACCCUAACAACAGCAACAAUAACAACAACAACAACAUUCAUCCAAUUUGUGAUCUCGAAGUAGACUCUCCCUGUACAUAUAUAAGUGACUCUUAAAACAUGGAAACAUGCUUUUCUACUAUAGAGGCAGUUAUCCUAUUUUAUAGACGAUAAUAUUGAUAUUGAUGCAAUAGAUGUAUAGAUUUGUACAUGUUGGAUAUAGUCUGCUGCUAAGUGCGAGAGUCGCUGGUAGAAGCGAAUCGAGAUGAAGCUGUGAGCGGUCAGGAUGUGACGAAAUAACACGGUUUAUGCCGUACAUCGGCUGUGCCCAUAUCUAGCUCCGUUAAGUCGUUGCUACGAUGGCACGCGCUGUGGCAUGCUGGCGCUGUGUGUGACAUACCCCAACGCGCAAAUACCAAUAGCGUUUUUCUAUUAUUAGUAUUUGACAUAUUACGGUUUGCUGGGAAAGAAAAAGCGGAGGACUGGUUUGCUGUUAAUAUUUAUGCAGAUAACGUGAGGUCCGUGCAACUGUUUGUUAGAACCGAGAAAACGAAAAACGGGCUGCUAUUUCUUGUUGAUUUGGACUUUGCGUAAUUUAAAAUUUAUUGGGAAUCUCACAAAAUGUAUUGGAAUUCACAGAAAAAUGGAACUGUAAUAUACCUAAAUCCCUUAGAUUAUUCGUGCAUCUAUCUAGGCCCUGGUGACCUAUUACAGUUAUAUAUUAUCAGCUAAACACUUGUGGCACAGCGUGGCAGAACGUUCUCGAAAUACCAUAUUUUCUAUCGGCUAUAUACA